CCUUUUUCUAAAAAUGCUGAACUGAGAAGCAAGUUCCCGUCUAGUGAGGUGUAUUUCAAACGGACUCGCCCAGCAUUGCUGACGCUUCAGAGGGUAGGACCCGCACGGUUUUCAAGGACACUCUCAGGUUGAGAUCCUGCUUCGGACCGUGUGCUUUGACGGUCAUGGGCCAGUCGCUACGUUGGCUGCUGUGGUAUGCAGCUGUAGUGGGCUCCACUGUCAACACGCAGCAAACAGAAGACACUCAUCUACCGGAGAUCACAGAUCAACGGUUCAUUUCUCAGUGCGUCGAUGCUCACAAUAAAUACCGCUCCAACGUGAUGCCAACUGCAAGCAACAUGUUUUACAUGACAUGGGAUGAAGCACUGGCCAUAACCGCAAGAGCAUGGGCACGGCAUUGCCAAUUCAGCCAUAACCCCCGCCUCAAAACGCCACGAGAGGUCCAUCCCACUUUUAAUUCCGUGGGUGAAAACAUCUGGAGGGGUUCCACUUUCACAGUCGAAGCUGCCAUGAAGCUCUGGCACGAUGAAGUGGCAGACUACAACCACGACUCAAACAACUGCAGAACAAACAGGCAGUGUGGGCAUUACAAACAGGUCGUGUGGGCCACCAGUUAUAAAGUUGGAUGUGCUGUCCAUGCUUGCCCUGAUGGAGUGAACAACCGCCGUGCCCUAUUUGUGUGUAACUAUGGAGACGCAGGGAAUUAUGUAGGGUUCCAUCCCUUCAAAACUGGACAAUCCUGCAGUGAAUGUGGUGGGGGAACAUGCCAGAACAAGCUCUGCAGAGAUGCAGAACGAGACAAACUGAAACGCUAUGACUGGGCCCCAGACUGGGAUCCAGAAGCAGGGACGAGCGAUGCGUACUACCUGGCUGUUCUGAUCACCAGGCCUCUCUCAGUCCUGCUCAUGUUCAUCGGGGUCUACGGACUGCAGAUUCUCUACCCCAAUCUGUUCGCCUACGAGUGACUCCCGGGAAUAAAGGGUUGAGGAAAUGUACACACUGAAAGAUAGUGUGCAAGAUUGCAAAUGUUACUGGUUUGACGAUGCCUUUACCUUUUUGAUGGAUGUACAAAGACCUCAUUUCAAACAUGGGAACAUGGUUCAAAUGCGGAACUGAUCUAAUACAGCCCCGUCCAAGUGAUUUCAACAGUGGUUAAAUAUGCUGAAAUCAGUCAGACAUUCUCUGAAGGCACAUUCGAUUUUUGUGUUAAAACAUUGCUACAAGACUAUUGUAAAUCCCGUUCCAUCACUGAAAAGGGCUCACUGAUAGGUUGACUCACCCUCCGAGUUGCCUGUGAUUAUAAUCCUUAAAUUCGGGUUUUGGGACUGACACCAAAACAUUGUAUAGCUGUACAAUAAUUCAAGCUCAUUGGCUGUAAUUGCCACAGCCAAUGGAGCGGGGCGGUUCAUUCACAGAGAAGGGGGAGGGAUAGUUUGAGAGUGUUUGUUGCUGCAUUCCCUCUCUUGACCAUUAGAAGUCCGAAAUUACCCAUUGUACCUUUAAUGUUUUUAUGCUGUGACACUGGAGCGAUGUGAGAACUGCUCUGCAGGUAAUAAAAUGCUCUCUGUUCUUAAAA